CCCCACCCAGUGUAUACCUGCGUUACCUCUGAUCAGAAGCCUCACUUUCCUCUGACGGAGCAAAGACUGAAGGUAUUCCUCUUCCUCUUCUAAACAGCCAAUUAAACAACCUGAGGGUCAAAAUAGUAGAAAAGGUGACCGAACUCUGUUGUCACUAUGGGGGGCCGCAGAACGCCAGCCCAGGUUCUGCUGCUGUCAGCUGUCGGGGUUGUUUGUCUAUCGACACUGGUCUCCACAAUGGUGGUGCUAAAUACAACAUCAGGGCCAGAUUCACCUGAAAACAGCCAACCCAGUCCAAGUAGUGGUUACCAGGAAACUUGCCAAGCAGCAAAUCUGCGAGAUGCCAGUCACAGAGUGUCAGCUGCUGUUGAUACACUGGCAGUGGAACUAUCCUGUAAAGGGAGAAAAAAUGGAAGCUUAUCAGAAGACAAGUCCAUGGAGUUGGAACAAAACCUCAGAAAGAUUGUGGACUUGACUUUGAAAGUCUUCUUUGACCUGAGUGCCAAUGAAUCUGGAUUCAAUGUUCUGGAUAUAUUUGGCAUCUUGGACAGUCUAAGUCUGGGUAACCACAGUGAUCCAGGAUUCCUCAGACUGUGGUUCUCACUAAAGAUGGCUCCUCUUUUGCCCCAUGUUGAUGAAAGCUUUUUGAUCAGCCUCAGUCGACAGAACUUCACCUGCAGUGCUUUCAAAGAAUUGGUUGGGGCAAUGAACGAAGAACUGGAGACUUCUGAGAGGAUGAAGAGAAAACUGAUCUACACAAGCUUUAUUAAGGCCUAUCUUUCAAGAAAGAACUUACCAGACCCUGGAUGCACCAAACAAGUGAAUCAGAGUGAAGAAUGGAUACAAAGAUUCGUUGGAAAUUUCUUUGUCUAUGCAAGUCUGGAGGAUCUAAAAGAAAUCAAUCCCAAUUUCAAAGCAGAAGAUGUUUUCGGUAAGCUUUCACCAGACCAGAAGGCUGAGCUGAUCCUGGAUCCCAACAGCGGGGCUUUGAGGAAUGAGACCAUUGUCAGGGAGGUGUUCAAAAGCUUGAACAUGUCCCACGAUGACAAACAGCUUCGUCAGUUUUUCCUGGCUUUUACUCGCAUCAACAUGCAGAAAAACAUCACCUUGAUCACAAACCCAGCUGUACGAGGCACCAUCUUGAACCUGACCUUAACAGCCCUUGCUCCGGGAUUUAAAGACUUUGAGCCUGAAGACUUCACGCUGUGGUUCCAGGUCAAUUUGGCCACUGUGACGGCCAGCCUCCAUCCUGGCAGCUUGGUGGUGAUCCCGAGCAAUAUCAGCUGUACAUCCUUCGCAGCUAUACUCACUGGUCUUAGGAAACCUUUGGAAUCCUUGCCACUACACCGUUCACAUGAUGUGAGAUCAGCCAUAGCUUCAUUCAAGGAGACUUUCCCACGUUGCACAGUUGCAGAGUCCUUGAUGUGCAAACAGACCUUGGUUGAUGAGGACCUCAUCUGUGCUGCUGUCAAUAGAUCACAACUCGACCAAACCUUGUCUAUUGGCAAUUCCUCUGAAGCCAUGUGCAAUGUGACUGUCAUCGCGCAUGCCUGUUCCUCUGCUACACAUCUCACACCCAACAACUUGGUGAAGUCUUGA